AUGAACCGGGUGUCGAAUGCUGGAUUAACGCCUGGCGGAAGCGGGUUCAAGGCCGACGUGCGUUCGUUGCCACCUAGCCCAGCCGACAGCGGUGUGUCGGACGUGGACAGCAGCAGCAGCGGUCAUGCGUCCAAUGACGAGUCCAAGUCUCGGCUUCAUCUAGCCUCCGAUAAUUUCCGGGUAAAGGCUUGGCGAUCGGCGCGACACGACACGACGCAAUCUCCUCCCCGUGGGACUUAA